AUGUUGAUCGUUUCUCCUGAUCAGUUUCCAUUACCCCUUGGCUACCGCUUUUAUCCCACCAAAGAAGAGAUUUUACAGUUCUACCUUCCCCCCGCCAUUAAUGGAGAGCCCUUGCCCUCUAAUGCUUUGAUUGAACGUGAGAUUUACGGUGAGAAUAGAGAGCCGUGGAAUAUUUUUGAUAAAGAUAAAAAAUGCUCUUAUUGGGUUUUCACCAUGUUGAAGAAGAAGAGUAAAUCUAGAAUUGAUAGGACUGCUGGUUCUGGAACCUGGCUUGGUCGAAGCAUCAAAGAAGUGAAGGAUAAACACGGUAAUAUUUUAGGGUUUGAUAAGUACUUCAGUUUUACUUGCAAGAAAGAUAGAUCAAACCGAGGCAGCAAUGGACGUUGGAUUAUGCAUGAGUUUUCCUUAAGCGACGAGGGUUUGAGCGAUUAUGUUAUCUGCAAAAUCGAAAACAAAGAUGCGGUGGGUUCAGAUCAUCAAGACGACUCCACAGCAGAAGUUGGUUCAGAUCAUCAUGAAAGCUACUUCUCCACGGCAGACGUAGAAUCCGCUGACAAGAAGCGCAAAGCCUUGGAGGUUAAUGAUGAACAGAUGUGCAAGAAAACCUGUGUUGAUGAUCAGAUCAUCAGUAACAUAAACCAAGACAAUGCAGAUGAAAGGAAUCCUGGAAGCAGUAGUCUAGCAAAUGCUAAUAGAGAGAUUUGGAAGGGAUUUGAGGAUGAAGAAAAUCAAGACCCAAACAAACAGCUGAUGAUCGAUUCCAACUCUGUUGAGGCAUGUAAAUGGAACAACAUGGACAUGGCUUCAUUUUUUAAUGAGCUUAAUGACGAGAGACCUGCCUUAGGUGCAUGGAGCACAGAGGUUGAUUAUUCCAGUUGUCCCUCACUUUAA